UUGCGCUAGCCCUGAGUGCUCGGUCCGCACUGACCACCCUUACUUCGCUGGACCGGGCCGGAAGCGGAAGUUGUGAAGGAGUGAGGAGGCGGGGGUAGUUGCCCAAGAAGUGUCAGGUUACGCUCAGGCUCCGGUUGGAGUUUCUGCCGCGGCUACACAAGCAGACCCCCGCCAUGGGCAACACGAGCAGCGAGCGCGCCGCGCUGGAGCGGCAGGGCGGCCACAAGACGCAGCGGAGGGACAGCUCCGGGGGCGCCAAGGAUGGGGACAGGCCCAAGAUCCUGAUGGACAGCCCCGAAGACGCCGACAUCUUCCACUCCGAGGAAAUCAAGGCUCCAGAGAAGGAGGAGUUCCUGGCCUGGCAGCACGAUCUUGAAGUCAAUGACAAAGCCCCCGCCCAGGCCCGGCCGACCGUCUUCCGAUGGACAGGGGGCGGGAAGGAGGUCUACUUAGCCGGUUCCUUCAGCAACUGGAGCAAACUUCCCCUCACAAGAAGCCAAAAUAACUUCGUAGCCAUCCUGGAUCUGCCGGAAGGAGAGCACCAGUACAAGUUCUUCGUGGAUGGCCAGUGGACCCACGAUCCUUCUGAGCCAAUAGUAACCAGCCAGCUUGGCACAGUUAACAACAUCAUUCAAGUGAAGAAAACUGACUUUGAAGUAUUUGAUGCUUUAAUGGUGGAUUCCCAAAAGUGCUCCGAUGUGUCUGAGCUGUCCAGUUCCCCCCCAGGACCGUAUCAUCAGGAACCAUACAUCUCUAAACCAGAAGAGAGGUUCAAAGCCCCACCCAUCCUUCCUCCACACCUGCUGCAGGUCAUCCUGAACAAGGACACUGGCAUCUCUUGUGACCCAGCGCUGUUGCCGGAGCCCAACCACGUCAUGCUGAACCACCUUUAUGCACUGUCUAUCAAGGAUGGAGUGAUGGUGCUCAGUGCAACCCACCGGUACAAGAAAAAGUAUGUCACCACUUUACUCUACAAGCCUAUAUGAGAAGCUCAGCGCCAGCCAUGGCCCACCGGAAGGGACAGCAGGCCGCACUGGGCUCUCCAUGUGCAUGCAGAUCCUCCACUUCAUUGUCUGGGACAUUUCACCCCCGCCCUAGUCCUCCUCGAAGGUUCGUCCAGGCACAGCCUCUCUAGAAGAGUCCAGAAAUGGGGACAUGACGGCUGUGUGCAGUCCCAGCACCACAGUGCACAAGGCUAGUGUGCUCUGAACAUGGCUCCUCAGCUGGCCAGACCCGACUGCCGCCAUGCUGGUAAAACCUGGGGAGCAGGAAU